AUGACCGAAGCCUCUGAAUCACAGAGGGGCGAGGCCGUUUUGCCUCAAGUUAGGGAGGCCAACAAGAAAACUGCGCCGGCUGAACUAGAGGCGGCUCGAAAGAAGCAUGCCGACCUGAUCGAGCAGGUAAGAAGAGUAUUUGAAGUUAGUGACGAUGAGUUAGACACGGUGGCUAACGAUCCGAACCCGCAGGUUCAAAAGAAGCUUGAUCAGAUCGAGCAGCUCCAGGCGGAGGUGGAUGCGGUAAAGGCUGAGGCCGAAGAAUGGAAAAGAAACAUGGACCGCUUGGCCUCAGAAAAGGAGACUGCCCGGGCACAAUUGACUUUGGCUGAGGUCCAUCUUCGGGCUGCAAAGGAAAAGGCCUUGGAGCUCGAGGCGGCCAAGUCAGAGGUCGUUGUGGUCAAAGCCGAAGUUGAUGAAAGGGUGGACAAGUACAAGGCCGAUGCCGAGGCGGCUCAGGACUUUGUAGAAAAUACGGUUGAGCAUAUGAAGUGGCAAUCCCGAAGGGAGGCCGUCGAGGAAGUUCACGCUCGGGGCUUUGAUUUAUCAGCUGAGAUCAAGGAUGCCAAAGUGCUCGAAGCCAUGGCUAGGAAGCUCGCCGAUCCCGAGGAGGAAGAUUCUGAAGAUUCGGGUGAGUCCGAGGGCGGCGGAGACCCCGAUGGUGAUGAUGCUGCCCCGACGAAGACUAGGCCGCAUGGGAUCCUUUUAGAUGUUUUUGUCUUCUGCUUUUUGCAUCACCCUUUUGUUAAGGCUGUUAGGCCUUUGUAA